AGUGACGUAAUCAAUAUGCGACACUCAGUGGCAGCGUGCUUUGAUUGCGUGUUUGACGCCCGAAAGUAAACGUGUAUUCAGCGAAAAUUACUUUGGAAUUUAAAAGUGUCGUGGUUGUAUUUCUUGCAGAUGUGGCGAAAAGUAAAACAUACGACGGUGUAUCACGUCGAGCGGCCCAAUAACGCAGAUGUUCAAAAUGACUAAGAGUCUCCUGGGGAAGGUCUCAAACAAAAUGGGACCAUGCCACUGAAGAACUUCUUUCUCAGGAAGACUUCAUCAAAUCCAGGCUUAUGUUUGUGAGAUGUUAACUUGUUACGUGUUGCCGUCAUGUGUCCAUGCAUAAUCUCAAAACUGGACCAGAUGUACGGCGUGCGAAAGUUCAGAAAGAACCGCAAAUGCGUUAAGGACCCCACAUCUUCAGUCAAAAGAGUUUCACACCUCUCCAGACGGACUAAGAGACAGUUGUAUUAUAAAUUACAGAUGUGGCUGUGGAGGAGGCGACAAGAGAAUUGCUGUUUUGCCUUUUUUCAAAGUAAAAGAUUAAUGCGGCGGAGGCGCACCAGUCUUUCCUCUCUCAGCGGAUACUUGCAGAGAAAUAAAGGACACUUGUAUCCGUCACCGAUUCUACAACAUUCACAAGCCAAAACAUCCAAUGCUGCUCAUGAAAGUUCAGAAGACCGGCUUAAAAAACAGACUUCCCCCUUGAAAACAAGUGACACAAUACCUUUCUCACAAAUGUGCACAACAUUCAACUCUGUGGAGGCAAGCCCAGGCCACGUCACUCAAACUCCAGCAGUGGCACCUUCUCAAGGAGCAGAACCCUUUGUAGAGUUGAGUGAAUUUACAGAGCUAUCACUCACUGGGUUAGAUUCUCAUGUUAAGAAUCCUGCUGAUGACCAAGCAGGAGAAUGCACGGCUUCCUUUCUGGAACCUACUCCGAAUGCAGACCUCGAGACCUCUACCAAGAACACAAUACACCCUCAAACGGAUGUUGGCCUCACAGUAGUGACAAACACUAUCCAUGACUAUCUUGAUGACUUUCUCAGAAUGUAUGGAACGUUCAUCCCACUACAGAAGAGUGACGUGUUGAUGCACCUGACAAAAAUGUUCAACGCCGAUUUCACUGACAGGACAAAUUUCAUCUUGACGGUUAUGAAACGCAGAUUUGCUGCCGUGCUGUGGGAGCCGGUACCUUCCUUCCAAGUGGUCUUCCAGAAGCACACCCUAACGCUGGAUGAUUUGUCCACACUGGAGCAUGAGAAUUGGCUCAACGACCAGGUCAUGAACAUGUAUGGGGAAUUGAUUAUGGAGGCUUCACAACACAAGGUCCAUUUUCUCAACAGCUUCUUCCAUCGACAGCUCAUGACCAAAGGCUACGAUGGAGUAAAGAGAUGGACGAAGCAGGUGGACUUGUUCUCCAAGACUCUGCUGUUGGUGCCCAUCCACCUGGAGGUUCAUUGGUGCUUGGUGACCGCCGACAUUGCGAGGAGGAGGAUCUGUCUGUUUGACUCUCAAGGGAAUGUGUUGCGCAAAGUUGCACGGAGCAUCCUGAAUUACUUGGUAACAGAAGCAACAGAGAAGCAACACGCAUCGUUUGUAAAUGGCUGGGCUAUGUCAUUCGAUGAGAAAGUGCCACAGCAGACCAAUGAAAAUGACUGUGGUGUUUUUGUCUUGGAGUAUUCCAGAUGCCUCGCCUUGGAUCAGCCGAUGCAUUUUUCACAGAGGGACAUACCAAAGAUCCGCCAGCGGAUCUACAAAGAGCUUUGCGAAUGUAAGCUUCGUGAACAGGCUCACUAACAAUCAUACAAGUGCAGUAUGAACUCCGAUGCUAUACUUUUAGAAAUUAUCUUUCCACGUUCAGCUGUAUAGCAGUGCAGCAUGUUACAAAAUAAAAUGCUAAAUCCUCAUA